GAAACUUUUCGUUGGGGGAUUGCAUCAAUCGACAGAUAAUGGUAACUGUUUUAUAUCUUUCCUUGAUUAUGUUAUUAGAAUCACUUAAGGCUUACUUUUCUAAAUUCGGGGUAGUUGAAGAGUCCAUUGUCAUGAUGGACAGCAGGACAGGCCGUUCUAGAGGCUUUGGAUACGUCAGGUACAAGGAUUCUGUUGCUGUCGACGCAGUGCUUACACAAAAGCCGCAUAUUAUAGACACCAAGGAGGUUGAUCCAAAAAAAUGCAACAUCAAUAUGAAGGGAAAAAAUCGCAGGAGUCUAAAAAUAUUUGUUGGGGGCGUACCUUUUGACUACGACGAAGAAGUAUUACGAGUCUAUUUUUCACAGUUUGGC